AUGCGAAGCAUCCCUCCUGAUCAACAGAUCUUCAAAGGACUUGUUUUCUUUUUCGUCCCCAAUAAUGAUGAUGACUCGGGGACGCGCAUUCGCAUCCACCAAGCAAUCCAAUUUGGCGCUCAGUGGGCACAUGAAUUCUGGGAAGAGGUCACACAUAUCAUCGUUACUCAGGACGAUCUCGAUAAGACAGGUGUUGCCAAAUGCUUCCCGUCCAAGCAGAUACCAAAGGGUCCGACUCUUCUGCGACAGAGAUGGCUUCUUGAGUGUUGGAGGUCUGGGUUUCUCGUCGAAACGCACUGGGCCCGCUUCCAGGUAGCAGGCUCAGAUAUCGUGCCAGAGACCGGCUGCGGUCAUGUUCCACCUAUCAUCAACAAUGGAAGAAUCACGCACGGCUCAAAGGUAGAUAGACCGCUCGCGAAUGCCAGUGAAACAAGCAGCGGCAUUAAGCUUCAGCGGGUAUCUGGACGUGAGACCAAGGAUCUGAAGCCCGAACCCAGAGGCAAAGUGGAUCAUGAUGCCCUUGAGAUUGCCAUACGUGAUGUCCAAAAAGGCGUCGAUCCGCCACCAGACUUUGACUCUGACGAAGACUCUGGGAAUGGUGAUGGACUCGUAUCCCGGUCCAGGCUGGAGCAAAAGCGCAGCAACGAAAAGGCUCCAAAGAAGAACGCGGGGUUUCUGUGUAUGGAACGCCAUGAUGGGGGAAGCCGUAGCGAGAACGCGAAUGCUGAGACCAUGGAGAAGCUACAAAAAAUGGCAACCUCUUAUGACCAGACUGGAGAUCAAUGGCGGACCAGGGCUUUCCGGCAAGCCAUAGGAAAGCUUCGAAGGCAGGGUCAGAUGAUUCGGACCAGUCAUCAAGCUCGAGCUAUAGGGAUCGGCGAGAGCAUUGCAGUACAGAUCGAAGAGAUUGUCUCUACCGGAAAGUAUAAACGCCUUCAGUAUGCUCAGAAUGACCCAAGAAACCAGAUUAUCAAACUCUUCAUGGGUGUAUAUGGCGCUGGCGAGACGACCGCAAAGAAGUGGAUCGCGCAAGGCUAUCGAUCCCUGGAUGAUGUCUAUCAGAAAGGCGAAUUGACUGCAAAUCAGCGAGUGGGUAUCGAGCACUAUGAAGACUUCCAGCAGAGAAUCCCUCGCGGUGAGGUCGAGCAGCACGCCGCCAUUGUAGAGAAAGCACUCAAGGCUGCAGAUCCCAAUUUUCAGUUGAUCAUCGGAGGCUCUUACAGACGAGGCAGCAAAGAUUCAGGGGACAUUGACUGCAUCAUUUUUAUGCCCGAGGCUGGUAUUAGCCAUAUCCGCACCUUGAUGCUGCAUAAUGUUAUUCCUGGUUUGAUGGCUCAAGGAUUCUUGAAAGUGGCACUUGCUGGGGGCCAUCAUCCGAAUGACGAUUCGUCGAAGUGGCAUGGCGCUUCCGCCUUGCCGGGCUGCGAUAUUUGGCGGAGGAUCGACUUCCUCUUUGUGCCUUGGACUGAGCUUGGAGCAGCGCAAGGAUCGGCAGAAUCCCUAAUCAUGGGACGACGUCCUAACCCGCUGAUGGCGGAGUUCUUCGAACGCGGAUCCAAAAUUGGUGAUGCCUCGAACCGCUAUCAACAGACCUGUAGACGAUGUGGGGAGCUCUUUUCACGAGGGCGCAGUGAAGCCAUGGUCAGCCAUUUGACCAAAAAGUGUCCAGCUAUCUCUAACUCUGAGCGCGCCAAAAUCAUCUUGCGGCUUCACGAUCUCGUCCUCCCCGAUGUCCACCCGUACAUUGACCCGACCUUCAACCCUGAGACAUCUGAGAACGAUGAAAGAGCGACAGGUCAAGAAAAGAGCGGUAACACUGUCGGGCUGCCCCUGAGUCGGAGUAGACAAAACUUCGACGGCUUGAAUGUUCUAGCUGAAGCUUCUCGUCGCGUCGAUAUUAAUGCACGAGGUAACGCCGUUUCCAUCCCUGAAGACCCAAAUGGACAACACGACCAAAUUCUACGGCCACAAGAGGACGCCGCACUUGAUCCUCAGCUUCAGGCAGGCGCCUAUGCUCACCCUCUCCUGCAUGGUGAUGGUACAGAUGUUCAAGAUAAUGCCUUCCCUACUAGUACGCCCGAAAGCUUGCCGUCACUCUACCAUUACAUUGGCAAUCUACCUCCAGCUCCCCAAGGUGGUUUGGCUGGUCUUCCACUUGUCAGCACCCAUCCGCAGGAUCUCUCAACGAUUGCGGCUACAGCAAAUGCGACAAUUGAUAACGGCUCUAUCAUGCCUACUGACCUGGACAUGUCGGAUGAUGUCCCCUCCGCACUUCUUGGAGGCCUUAAUGAAAAUGGCUUCCCCUCUCAGGGUCGACAGCGAUUUCCCUGGCCAGCAAUGCUUGGGACACAGCCAAUGGAGCCACUGAGCAUUCCUACUCCGACGCAGCCUAUCCAUGCAACAGAUCUCGUGCCGAUUUCUUCAAGGACAACUGAUGGUCUACCGUCCCAAAAUGUGGUGUCUACAAGCCAACAUCUCAGACCACUUGCGAUGAAUCCGAAUGGACGACCCUCUCAACUCUCUGACAAUGCGGAAGCGCCGAAGCCCAAGGUCCGUGGCAGAUUUGCACCUGACCGCCGUAAGGAAGUGCGCUUGCUUCGAAAAGUGGGCGCAUGUUUGCGAUGCCGCAUGCUUAAGAAGACGUGCUCUCAGGAGACACCGUGUCAAACCUGUGCCGCGAUUGAAAGCCCUCGUUUGUGGAAGAAUACGUGUAUGCGAACGAGACUUAACGAUGCCUUUCCACUCUAUUUUGUUCAGCUUCAUGGAGUUCUGGCCUAUCGAGAAAUGAACACCUUGAAGACUCGAGUCGCUUUGACGCCACUUGCAGGAAAGAUCGACUGUUUCCACUUCGCGGACAAGAAGCUCGUACUGAAGGGCCUCCAAGGCGAGUACACUGGGCCGGCUCCCGUCGGUGAUGGCACCCAACAGCCUUCUGACACUGAAGUUGUGAUCGUUGCGGAGCUUGACACAGACGGUCUACUGCCGAAGGUCGAACGAUAUCUUCACGCAACUGCUCCAAAACUUGUGGAUCAAGAACAGUCUCCUGUGAUGCAGGCCAGUCUCCAGAUUGCUCAGAUUAUCCAACAACUACAACAAAGCAGCGUCCCUGUUGACAAGCAGGAUAAUCUUGUCUCAGAUGUCAUCGAACUAUGGGCCGCUACGUCAAUGCUCAUUGACGACAAGUUAAAAGCUCAAUUCGCGAUAAACAGCGGUCUUGACAAUGAGCGGGUUCCAGUCAGUGAGACAACAAUGGCGGCUUCUUAUCGCGUGUUGACUCUACAAUUUCGAGCGGCGAUUGAGAAGCGCGCCAACGCCGUCUGCAAAAGUGCCAUGAAUCACUUCGAACAGCGAGUCUUAUCUCGCCGCAAGAGCGACAAUUUCGAAACAUUUUUGGUGGCAUUCAUCCUGCUCAAUUGUGUAGAGCGCAUGUGCUGGCUGUUCCGACGCUGGGAUGGGAAUCGUGAGGUGAUUCAUUGGCCCCUGGACCAACAACCAGGAUUUUAUGCAGAUAGGGGUGAGGCUCUUGCGCAGACGAUCCAAAUGCUAAUCAACUUGCGACAAUUGGAGCCCAAAAUCACAGUCGACCUCCAUUCUGACGCGAUUGUUGCUUGCAACAGCGAUGACACUGCUCUUGCUGAAUGGCUUUCAGUCGCAGGAUUCAAUAAAGAGCUCGUGGCGCAAUUUGGACGAGCCGAGUUCGACCCGGAAGAUUGUCGAUCCCUAGAUGGAACUCUGUCCGCGCGAUUGCUGCAGCCCCAAGGUCUUGCAGGUUGA